GGGUCGCGUCUGCUGCAGCAACAGGGUGCGGCCGGGUUGGGGGCGCUAGCGCAGCUUCCAGUUAGCUGGGUGUCCGAGCUGCCCACGCCUCAUUCUAGGACUCUGGGCGCCUCCGCGCGCGUUUCCCAAGACCCCCUUGUAAGGUUGCUUCCCGCGUAGCGGAAGCUGCAGCUUCAAUCAUGUUUUUCACUUGUGGCCCAAAUGAGGCCAUGGUGGUCUCCGGGUUCUGCAGGAGCCCCCCAGUCAUGGUGGCUGGGGGCCGAGUUUUUGUCCUGCCCUGCAUCCAACAAAUCCAGAGGAUCUCUCUCAACACACUGACCCUCAAUGUCAAGAGUGAGAAGGUCUAUACCCGCCAUGGGGUCCCCAUCUCAGUCACGGGCAUUGCCCAGGUGAAAAUCCAGGGCCAGAACAAGGAGAUGUUGGCAGCCGCCUGCCAGAUGUUCCUGGGGAAGACAGAGGCCGAGAUUGCCCACAUUGCCCUGGAGACGCUGGAGGGCCACCAGAGGGCUAUCAUGGCCCACAUGACUGUGGAGGAGAUCUAUAAGGACAGACAGAAAUUCUCAGAGCAAGUUUUCAAAGUGGCCUCCUCAGACCUGGUCAACAUGGGCAUCAGCGUGGUUAGCUACACCUUGAAGGACAUUCAUGAUGACCAGGACUACUUGCACUCUUUGGGGAAGGCUCGUACAGCGCAAGUCCAGAAGGAUGCUCGGAUUGGGGAAGCAGAGGCCAAAAGAGAUGCCGGGAUACGGGAGGCUAAGGCCAAGCAGGAGAAGGUAUCUGCCCAGUGUCUUAGUGAAAUAGAGAUGGCCAAGGCACAGAGAGACUAUGAGCUGAAGAAGGCCACCUAUGACAUCGAGGUCAACACCCGCCGAGCACAGGCUGACCUGGCCUAUCAGCUGCAGGUGGCCAAGACCAAGCAGCAGAUCGAGGAGCAGCGGGUGCAGGUGCAGGUGGUGGAGCGCGCCCAGCAGGUGGCAGUGCAGGAGCAGGAGAUCGCCCGGCGCGAGAAGGAGCUGGAGGCCCGCGUGCGCAAGCCUGCGGAGGCUGAGCGCUACCGGCUUGAACGCCUGGCGGAAGCAGAGAAGGCCCAGCUGAUCAUGCAGGCAGAGGCCGAAGCUGAGUCUGUAAGGAUGCGUGGGGAAGCGGAGGCCUUUGCCAUAGCGGCGCGCGCCCGAGCCGAGGCUGAACAAAUGGCUAAGAAGGCAGAAGCCUUCCAGAUGUACCAGGAGGCCGCCCAGCUGGACAUGCUGCUAGAGAAGCUGCCCCAGGUGGCAGAAGAGAUCAGUGGUCCCCUGACCUCAGCCAAUAAGAUCACGCUGGUAUCUAGUGGAAAUGGAACGGUGGGGGCAGCCAAAGUGACCGGGGAAGUACUGGACAUCCUAAGCCGCUUGCCAGAGAGUGUGGAGAGACUCACGGGUGUCAGCAUCUCCCAGGUGAAUCACAAGCCUUUGCGGACAGCGUGAGCCAUCAGCCGCAGUGGUCAUUGUAUGCACCUCUCCUGGUCCUGAGCAUGCCUCCUGGCAGAGGUGCACCCUGUCUCCUUGCCAAAGUCUGUGCCUUGCCUUGGAGGGGUCUGCUCCCUUCUCAGCCCAUUGCCAGUGCCCAGAUUUUCGAAGUCUGGUGUCUGAUGUUUGAAGAUGCCACUUAAGCCCAUCCCAACUAUUUAACUUCCUGAUUAAACUAGACUGUGUGAACCUGUUUGGAUGCUUCUUUCUUCAACACCAAAAGAUGACCCUUGUUAAAUAAACCAAGUAUUGAUAUAGUUUGCAGCAUGCCAGAAGCAUGAGAAUCACAAGUUCCACAUCAGCCUGAACUACCCAGCAAGAACCCAAUUCACUAGAGGUGGGCUGCAGGGCAUACUGGGCAUCAGACUUCUGCAAGCGAGACACCAUCUGAGGUACCACAGCAGAUGCCAGAGUACGUGAUACGGUAUUCGCAGGUAACCCUAAAACACCCUGCUUUAUACAUUAAAUCAAAGCCCAUUGUACCUUAUCAACUAGUAGUGUGGCAGCCCCUGACCACCUAUGGCUUUCAGACCCAAUCACCUAGUAGUUAAGGGCAGCCUGGGCAGUCAGGAGACACUGCUAACUGAAACCUCUACCACUGACCUGUGUCCUGAAACAGGGCAGGGACACAGGUCAGUGGUAGAGCAUAGGGCAAUGCUCCACCCCCAACCCUACAGAAUGAUAUGAAUAGGGCUGAUAGGAUUGGAUACUGAGCUGGGCCCCACGCCUCGGCCAUGACUUGACCUGACCCUGAAUGACCACACCUCACACCUUUUUUCCAACUCCCAUUUAUUUGUCGGCUCUUGGGGCAAUGUCAUCUUUUCAAUAUGAAAAAAAAAGCAGCCAAGUUCAACACAAAAAAGAAGGGUAGGGUAGGACUAAACCAGGAAGAAAACGGCAGAAGCAGAGACAGGUCCCAAACACCCUGGUGGUGGCAGCACCCCUUUCCAGGUUUGGAGGUGAAAUGGACAGCCAGAGACCAAGGCUCUGCUCCACUCCCGCCUUAGAGAAAGAAGGAAUACAGGGAGGACACCUCCAAUGGCAGAUUUGGCUCAGGACAGCUGGAGGUUAUAAAUGGAGAUAAUACUGUUAAUCCCUCCCCUGAGGCUGAGAGAUGAGGCAGAGAAAAACCUGUCAAUUGAAAAAGCCUCAGUGGAUUCCCCUGUGUAAAUGGCCUUGACUGGAAACCCCACCCCUCUUCCCAGUGACCUCUACCUGGCACCCCUCUUCCCUUCCUGAUCUCCUUAGCUUUAGGAUGGUGGCCACUAUUUGGGUCUUUAGUAAUGGACUUGUUCUAGGCAGACUCUCGAGCACAACUCGGAUUCCUGGGGAAUAUAAUAGAAAUAGACAGUCAUGAGAAAUGGGUACCAGAAAGAAACAGGGCAACACUCAGAAUGGCAGAAGUGUAGGUUUGUCAGAGUGGAAAGAGAAAGGAGACAUUCCACAAACAAAUAUUUAUUGAGCGCCUACUAUGUGCCAGGCACCGUUCACUUCCCCCCUCCCG